GUUCAAUGCAAAGUAAACAGCAGGCAAACUCCCGCUCUGUCUUGCUCAGAAUUUCCAUUCUCACUUUUUCAUGGAAACCCCUUCAACUUAGGCGUGUAAAGUCGCAUUUUUGCCUUUCGUGCCUCGGGAAGCCGUUGACCACUAGCCUCAUUUCGACUUGACAACAACCCUAACCCAACCGACCCCGUCGCGACUCACAAAGAUGGAUAAAAACGAUAGAUUCCUCUCCUCUGACGAGAAGCUGCUGGAGACCGGGCUAUUCUCUGAUGUCGUUGUCAAGUGUGGAGACAAAGAGUGGAAGCUUCACAAGGCCAUUCUGUGCACCCGCAGUGUCUGGUUCGAGAAGGCCCUGACCGGGAAAUUUGAGGAGGCAACCAGCGGUGUUAUCACCAUUCAGGACUUUGAGCCCGAGGCUGUUGAAUGGGUCAUCCGGUACAUCUACACCGGCGUCUGCGACAUUGCCACCCUUCGGGGCCCUGAGAAAAUGACCAUGACCAACUUUGUCACAUGCUUCGAGGUUCACAGUGUCGCCGACUUCUUUGCCCUGGGCCCACUGGCCAAGAUUGCUCUCGACACUCUGACCGCUGAGUUCGAUACCAAACUCCCCGCCAUCCAGCUGCAACAAGAGUCUUGCAAGGAGUGGCUCCCUGAGCUCUGCGAGGCCAUCCGCCUGGUCUACGAAGACAUUCCCAUCAGCGACAUGGCCGUGACCUCUAUUCGCAAGGCGUUCGUGUCGUUCAUUCACACGGCACGGUACUAUUUCAUGAAGGAGCCUCGGUUCACCAAGUUUCUCGAUGAGGAAGCUCCGCUGUUGUCUUUGGACUUGUUUCGAGCCAUGAGAGCAACGGGAGACUUCAUCGCCCACCCGCUAGACCCGUACUGCUCUUUUUGCAAGAACAAGCCCAGCCGAGCAGAGAAGGGCUACUACACGCAUAUUGCCCCGGAGCCGCUCAAGCUCACUGCCUGCUGCUCAAACUGCGCUGUCAAGAAGGACUUUCCCAGCGGCAUGCAGGACUGGCUUGCGAAGGAUACUCGUGCUUUGGGUUAGAAUUACAAAGAAGAUGCCAAGAGUCAGACAAACGUUACUACUUUGCCAGAGGUGGUGCCUACUCUGAUCGUGAAUGUCCCUCAGAUUCCACAAGUGUCCUCCCAGACAGCCAUGUCUGCCUCCAUAACACC